AUGAAAAACGCUGAAACUAUUGUUUCCUCAUAUAUUCGAAAGAGACUAGCCCAACAGGUCCUACUGCUUAGCACAAAGAUACCUGACUUGAAGCUUCGUCAAUUCCAAACAGAAGUGAUCAAGCGCAUUCACCAGCGGCUCGCGGCCAGUCGGGGCGGCGGCGUCGGUUGGGUUGACUGCGGCGGCGGCCUGCCGCCGGCGAGGCUCCCCAGCAGCACGUAUAUAAUCAUACACACGACGGUGAUUGACGCCAUCAAGCAGAAGGUCGGCACCGACGCCUCCUGCGCCGACAUCGUCACCUUCGCGGCGCGCCACGUGGCCGACAUCCUCAGCGGCGGCAAGAUCUUCUGCACCCUCCCCGGCGGGGCACAUCGUCACCUCUCGUCCGCUGCGGCCGCGGACGCCAACCUCCCGCACCCCAACUUCGACUUCGACCAGCUCAGGGACAACUUCGACGCGACCAGCCGAGGCAGGAACUUCACCGUCGAGGAGCUCGUCGUCCUGUCCGGCGCGCACUCCAUCGUCGUCGCUCACCUCUCGUCCUACCAGGACCGCCUAGGGGGGCCCGACUCCACGCCCAUCGACUCCGACUACCAGGCGGCGCUUAACAAGACCACGCCUCUGGCGUUGCUCAAGAGUGGGCAGAACCCGACGGUGCCGAACAACGCUCGCGACGGGAGCGACGCGUUCCAGAAGGACGCUGCCUACGACCCCGUGGCCAUGGGGGUGAACCCGAAGAGGGGCGUCCUCGACAACAGCUACUACCACAACAACCUCGUCAACAAGGUGCUCUUCAAGUCCGACUGGGUGCUACGCACGGACGGCUUCGCCGCCAGCAAGCUGGAUGAGUACAAGAACAACCCGGCGGAGUGGAAUUCCGACUUCGCCGCCGCCAUGGCCAAGCUCAGCAGCCUGCCAGCCCAGGGAAACAAGUUGGAGAUCAGGAAGAACUGCAGGGUGUACGUUAUUAUCAAAGCAUAUGAUCUAUCUAUAUCUAUACAAUGA